AUGGCAGACAAGCUAACUCUGCGGCCUUCAGGCUCGCUCGAGUCCAAGCUAUCCUCAUCAGUCGACUCAGCAGCUUCUGAUACCUUUCCAACCGAAAGGCCAGACUUUUUUUCCGGUGUGCGCAAAGGAAUUAAAAAGUUAGGGUCUAUUUCCACAGGCCCGCGGCCCGGGCAGCAUUCCAACAACGAACGCCUAUAUUCAAGCACGCUCGACUCUCAUAACAUCUCUGGCUCUGAACGACACCAGCCACCAAGAAAAGGCCAUGUACGAAGCACAAGUGACCUUGGGAAGCCGCUACCUGCCACGCCUGCCUCGCCCACCGUCAAGCAGCUCUUGCGAGCUCCAUUUUCUCCACCAUAUACACCUCAAGUUGCCCUGGGUACGGCCCGUCAGCCAAUAAACGAUAGUCGCACCAGCACAAUGGACUCAACAACCUCAGGAGCUUCUUCAAUCUACACCGCGUUCAAAUCGACUGGAAAUUUGGGGGAUUUGACUCGCUCAGAUACAGAAGAAGAUAUUAAAGAAGAAAUUACUACGCCAAAGAGUAACGGUCCUUCAUCAGCGGCUCCAUCGCCGGGGCCUGCUUCUCGAUCGUCUGGAAACGGAGUGGCAGGUACUUCAGGAGGCCCAUCUCAACACUUGUCGGGUCUCAUGUGUAAUGUUCAUCGUACAACGGGGCAAGAACCAUAUCCCCUGGUGGGUGCAACUACAACAAUAUUAGGCGAUAAACUUUACGUAUUUGGUGGGCGUAUACUAUCACGAACUCGCCCAGUUUUAACCUCUGACCUCUAUGAGUUGGACCUGAUACGGCGGCAUUGGGUUCGAAUAAGUACUUUCGGUGAUAUACCGCCUCCUCGUUAUUUUCACAGUCUGUGUCCCUUGGGGGAUAACAAGCUCAUUUGUUACGGCGGCAUGUCGCCUGCGCCAAGUCAAUUGCAAUAUGGUUUAAUGAAGUCAAAUGUUGAUACUCAAUCAGAAGUGGUAGUCAUGUCUGAUAUUCACAUGUACGAUGUCCCAACUCGGAAGUGGACUUUCAUACCAUGUGGUGAUGCACCCCAAGGUCGAUACGCCCAUUGUGCGACAAUCUUACCCUCAUCUACUAUCUCCUUGACUUUAAACACCUCUUCUCCUUCCAAUAAAUCAAAUAGUAAUGAUGACAUAGACCUUUAUGGUGGGGCUGAGAUGGUUGUAGUUGGAGGUCAAGAUAGCACUAACCACUACAUUGAGCAGAUAAGUGUUUUCAACUUCCGGAUGAUGAGGUGGACCAGUACUCAACAAUUAGGGAAGAGCUGUGGUGCGUACCGAAGUGUUGUCGCGCCGCUCACUCGAAAAACUUCUGAAGACCUGGGAGCGUCAUCACCCGCAAAGUCAGACACAAAUACGUCCCAGGAAACUAAAGACGCAGGGUCUUCAAUGCUAAUCUAUUCUAAUUACAACUUCCUAGAUGUAAAAUUAGAAUUGCAGAUACGUGCUCCAGAUGGCACACUUACCGAGAAGCUAAUGCAAGGCACAUUCUCGCCACCAGGUCUUCGAUUUCCCAAUGGCGGAAUUAUUAAUACAAAUUUUGUUGUCAGCGGCACCUAUCUUACAUCCUCAAAGCAAGAAUACGCUUUGUGGGCCUUGGAUUUACGGACAUUAACCUGGAGUCGAAUUGACGCAGGCGGCAGUGUAUUCAGCCAGGGUAGCUGGAAUCGCGGUGUGCUCUGGAAUCGGCGAAAUACCUAUGUAAUUUUGGGCAACAGAAAGCGAAGCUUGGUAGAAGACUACAACCAUCGACGUAUUAAUUUUACAAACAUUUGUACCGUUGAGCUAGAGGCAUUUGGCUUAUACGAUAAUCCGAGAAAGGUCUCGCCCAUGUCAGGAUUUGUCUCAGCGAGCUAUCCCUUCUCUGCCGCUUCUACUAAAUUUAUCUCGAAGACUGGAUGGUCAGUGGGUGGUCGUCCGCUCUCAAAAGCAGCUGAGGAAUUAGGUCAAGCUGCACUCGGACUCCGAGAGCUUUCUGAUAUGGAUAUUCUCUGUGUAAACGGAGAACGCAUACCAGCUAAUUCUCGGAUAAUUGCUAAGAGGUGGGGACCUUAUUUUAUACAACUGCUUCGUGAGGGAAGCAUUACACAGGAUGCCAGUGAUGCAGCGACUCUUCGACCCGAGAACAUGACCUCUAGCAAGAACCGAAACUCAAAUAUUACGAUAACUCCCCGCAAUGGACGAUACCUAAAUAAAGCCUCGACUGGCCAUAAUAGGUCCAUUGAUAUUUCAAAUCUGCUGAACCCACCUGAUCCAAACUCUCUGUCACCUACCGCGCGGCCGCGGACCUUAUACUUACCCCACACUAAACCAACAGUGCAAGCUCUCCUACACUUCAUCUACAACUCUACACUCCCAUCGUCUUCAUCGUCCUUGUGUACACCCCAGAUCCUCUGCUCGCUCCUUCAAAUCGCUCGACCAUACAAAGUCGAUGGUCUUUUGGAGGCAGUUGUCGAACGUCUCCAUGGCGUACUUGAUUCACGUAACGCCGCCGCUGUAUUUAAUGCAUCAGCUAUGGCGGCCGGUGGAGGCCCCUCUACCUUUGUCGCAGAACAUUGGAGUCUUAAUGACCUUCAAGGCACCCCUGGUUUUGAGUCUUGCGAUGUAGACUCUUCCACAGUCUACGAUUCUGGAGGCCAAGGCCUUGUGAUUAAUACAGGUUCUGGAGGAUAUGGACGAGCAUAUGAUGAUGACGAUCCUGGGAGUGCGACUGAAAGCGUACACAGCGACAUGAGUGGUAGCAACAUAAGCUCAAACUCUGGGAGGCCUGUGUGGGAUGGUAGCGUCAGUACAGUAAUUGGACUACAGAAACGAGGACUGAGAGGACUAAUGGAAGGACGACGUUUACGAGAGCGAGGCGGUAGCAUAGGGAUUAGGGAUGGGCAAGGAAAAGUCGGUUUAGGUUUGGGAAUUGCUGAUUGA